AUGUCCGAUCUUCCACUACCUGUUAAGAUUGACAGUAAAAGGCAAUGGCGUACUUUGGCCAAGAAGAACAAUGUGGAAGGAGUCAAUAUAUAUAAUCUGGAGGACUACGAUUCUGGAUCCAAGAUCAACGACCCGCAAUAUCUUUCCUUGCGUGCCUUAUGGAAAUUCCGGCCUAUUAAUGAGUUCAAACCCUGCGAAUGGGGUAUCUUGGGCGUGGAAGAAGCUCGGGCCUCGCUGAUGAAGCUGGAGCAUUGGGCAGAUUUUCUUCAGGCAAUCCCUCUGGAGGUCUCUGUCGAGGAAAUUCUCCCCAUUAAGCAUAGCCUCGGCAAAUUUGAGCUCAUCUGGUAUUAUGGACAGCUCAUUUGCUGCGCCCCGAGCGCGCCAGAUACCGAGGAAAACCUCGAUUUCACCCCAUUGUCGAAGAGGUUGAGAGAGCGGAAAUUGAAGUCGCACGGCAGAGAAACUUCUGAGCAAACACCGACGCAUCGAGUCAGACAGGAGCAAGGGGACAAACUACGGGAGCAAAAACCUACAGACCAGAGCUGUAUUGACGCGCCCUUGUCAAAGCUUAGCCCGGAAGGACAGGGGAGUCAAUUUCCAGGAACUCCGUCGACCGAUCUUGACCCGGAUACUCCGGCCGAUGACCAAAAGGGGGAUCCGAGCUAUAAGGAGCAAAGAAGAUUUCCCCGGGUUUCUGACGAGGAUUUAGUCAAUCUUUACCUGCUUGCCCUGGCGAGCGUGGUGACCCUCUCAGUGGAAGGCGUCAAUGCACACUGGUCUCCGGAGCGAAAGGGGUUCAAAGUGUGCGAUGAGAAUGGGGAGAAGUUAUACGAGGCGCGCAUAGACGGUCAUCUUUUCUUGUCGAAUAGUCGGGAGACGAAGGUCAUCGUAGAAGUCAAGCCAGUGAUGCAAGACGAAUCCCCGCGGGUUAUGAUGCAAGAGACCGCUCAAAUGGCGGCGUGGAUUCACGCCGAUCGAGAUGUGAUCCAGGAGGAUACUCGGGUAGAGCAAAGACACGAGAUAUACCUUAUUGUUGCAGAAUACACGGCUGAUUGUGUUGAUUACUUGACCAAUCCAGGUCGCGAAUCGGCCUGCAAAUCAUUUUUAACAAUGAAUCAGUUUGGACCCUGGGAGAUUGGGUAUACCACUCUUUUAGACCUCCUGCGGUUCUCGGAUAUCGACAGGCAUCGUUAUUUUUCACAGAACGAGCCGCAGCAGCUGUCAUUCAGAUCGCAUGAGCGAUAA